UCCUGGAGAGAAGCUACCUGUGGUGUGUCGAGAUUUUGCUGUCCUGGAGGAUCACACGCUUGCUCACAGCCUGCAAGAACAGGAAAUUGAACACCAUCUGGCCACCAACGUCCAGCGCAACCGCCUCGUCCAGCAUGACUUGCAGAUGGCCAAGCAGCUGCAGGAGGAGGAGGACCGCAAGGCGCGAGCCCGCAACCAGAAGCAACACAAAGAUCUCGAGCGGCAGGACUGCGAGAUCGCUCAGGAAAUUCAAGUCAAGCUGGUCAUCGAAGCAGAACAGCGGCGCCGGCAGGAAGAGGACGAUGAGGACAUUGCUCGGAUCCUGCAACAGAAGGAGCUCCAAGGGGAAAAGAGGAGGAAAAAACCUCCGCCGGAAGCAGGGCGGCCCAGCCCAUACGAAGAAGAAGGCUACUCGUUGGAGAGCAGAGACCGUCAGCCUGGUAGCCCCACCGGGCAGCCGUCAGAGCCUUCUCGGUCUGGGAGUGCCGACAGGCCACCCCGGCAGACAAGGGAUGACCCGAGGGGGCCCCCUUUGGUUUCAGAGGGGCUUGAGCUGGAGGUUUUGGGGAGCUCCUCCGAUGUGAAGAAGGCCAGGGGUGGCCGGAGACAUCCCCGAGAGGCGCAGCGGGAGAAGAAGGCCGGCAGCCGUGAGAAACUUUGGAAGGAUGCCGAGGAUGGGCUCCUGGAGGGAGGCGGCAGCAGAACCAGAGCGAGCAGGGAGGGAAAGGUGCCCGGUGCCAGCGCGGAGAGGCUGCGGGAGACCUCGCCUCCAAGACGGGAGGCCGGCCACGGCAGCCGCGAGCGGCAAGAAAGGAGGCCACGCAGCCGCGAGAGGCCCCCCAGGGCCUCCCCUCUUGUGGACUGGGAGGUCGAAGGGGCCGGCCUGGCCCACGACAGGCAUCGCAAGCAUCGAGAAGGGCAGUCGCCUGGUUCGGAAAAGUCUCUGAAGCCGACCGAUGGAAACAUUGAGGACCAGGAGGAGAAGCGGUCCAGGAGGCGGCCCAGCCGCUCCCCGCGUCCUGACGGGCCACGGACCCCACCCCACCAGGACAGGCCGUCCUCCAGGUCUUCUUCCCACGACCGCCGGCGACGUGGCCCUGACACGCCACCCCAGCGAGGCCCUAGGAGGCCGGGAGAAAGAGAAAGGGAGAGGGGACGGGACGGGACGCCCGCCUCGCACUACGGGGAGAGCUCGGAGCUGGACGCCAGACGACGCCGGCACCCAGGAACCAAACCUCGAGGGACAAAAGAAGCCACUUACUCCAAACCCCGUGGGGUCCCUCCCCAGGACCAGGAGUCCUACGAUGCCGAGAUCGCCCGGAAGCUGCAAGAGGAGGAGCUGCUGGCCAGCCAGGUGGAUAAGAGGGCGGCGCAGGUGGCUCAGGAUGAGGAAAUAGCUCGCCUCCUUAUGGCGGAGGAGAAGGCGGCGUACAAGAAAGCAAGAGAGAAGGAAAAGUUGUUUGCUGAGAAGAAAAGGCAGGAUCCAGGCUGGAAGGCUUCCACCCCUGUUGAGUGA